UCACCCUAUCGAUCUCCAGGUGCUGUCCUUUACUCGCGACCGCCGUCUUCACCUUCGUCUUCCCUGUCGGUCUAGGCUUCAUCGCUCUCCGUUGCACGAGUGUCGAGUGGCAGUGACACAAAUCGGGUUUGGGACCGGAAGUGUUGCUUCUCUCUGAUCUGUCGCCGUCUGCCUUCGUGAGUUAUUAUUGGUGGGUGCAGUCGUCUUCUUCACUUGCAGAUCCACUUCAGCAUUUCUUUCUGCAGCUUGAGCAAGACAUAAGGAGAUGGCUAGUAAUCUACAUAUUCAAGGCGAUGAAUCCGUUCUUUUGCGCGUCACUCAUUCAAACAUUAAGACCUUUUCUGCUGAUAUUCGGUUUUCUCUACAAACAACAAUAGAAGCAGUAAAAGAGAAACUGUGGAGGAAAUGUGGCACCUCUGUUGAUUCAAUGAGACUUGAGCUUUAUGAUGAUAUAGGUGCUAAAGUUUCAGAUCUAGCCGAUAGUACGAGACUCCUUGGUUUCUAUUCACCACAAGAUGGUUUUCGGCUGCAUGUUAUUGAUCUCGAUCCAUCUUCGGUAACAUCUGGUGGUUGGUUGGAUGAUACUUCUCUGGUGGAGAAAUACAAGAUUUCGGAUGAGGCAUAUAGUAAAAUGGAUGGCACUUUCCGAAAGUUCAAGGAAGAAAUGGGACUUCAACAUCAGAAAGAGCAAGUUCCUGACAAUUACAUGGAAAAUCUUUGUGCAAACAUAAAGGUUGGAGAUAGAUGCCAAGUUGAACCAGGGGAGAAAAGAGGGGUUGUCAAAUUCGUGGGUCAGGGAGAAACUCUUCGUCCUGGCUUUUGGGUUGGAGUUCAAUACGAUGAACCUGUGGGAAAACACGAUGGAAUGAUAAAAGGACACCGGUAUUUCAGCUGUCCUCCUCAAUGUGGUGGAAUGGUGAGACCUGAUAAAGUAAAGGUGGGUGACUAUCCAGAACGAGAUCCUUUUGAAGAUGAGGAAAUAUGACUCUGUCAGGAAGGUGAAGGUGUGUAUGUUUGUCUACUAUUUUACUACUACAUUAUUGGAGUAAAUAAAUAUUGUCCAACUGGCUUUGCAAAUUGA